UCCUCCUCCUCCUUCUGCAGCUGCUGCUGCAGCCAGACUUCACCAACUCAGACUUAUCUAGCUUCACUCUUCAUCGCACACACCUUUACUGCCCCGGGCUGGAGGGGAAACUGCACCCUUGCAGAUUCAGGAUGUUGAAAAUACUCUUCCUGACCACUUUGACUCUUGCUCUUGUAAGGUCCCAGGAGACCGAGGAGACCAUCACAUACACGCAAUGUACAGAUGGAUAUGAAUGGGAUCAUAGGCAGCAAUGCAAAGAUAUUGAUGAAUGCGAAAUUGUCCCAGAUGCCUGCAAAGGAGGAAUGAAAUGUGUAAACCACUUUGGUGGAUACCUCUGCUUACCUAGAACAGCUCAAAUUAUUGUCAAUAAUGAGCCAUCACAGCCUGAAAGAGCCCCAGAAGCACCUACAGGUCGAAAAUUUGUCAUUCGAAGGACCCCAGCUGACCCACAACGCGUGAACUCCCAUCCUCCUCAUCAGAUUCAGUGUGUGGCAGGGUAUGAACCAAGUGAGCAGAACGUGUGCCAAGACAUCGAUGAAUGCACGACAGGGACUCAUAACUGUAGGGCAGACCAAGUCUGUAUCAAUUUAAGAGGAUCUUUCAGCUGCCAGUGUCGCCCUGGUUAUCAGAAACGAGGAGAUCAGUGUGUCGACAUAGAUGAAUGCAGCAUCCCUCCUUACUGCCAGCAAAGAUGUGUGAACACACCAGGUUCCUUUUAUUGCCAGUGCAGUGCUGGAUUUCAGUUGGCAGCAAACAACUACACCUGUGUAGAUAUCAAUGAAUGCGAUGCCAGCAAUCAGUGUGCUCAGCAGUGCUACAAUAUCCUCGGCUCAUUCAUCUGUCAGUGUAACCAAGGAUAUGAGUUAAGCAGCGAUAGACUCAACUGUGAAGACAUUGAUGAAUGCAGAACUUCAAGCUACCUUUGUCAAUAUCAAUGUGUCAACGAACCAGGAAAAUUCUCCUGUGUGUGCCCUGAGGGAUACCAGGUUGUUGGGAGUAGAACCUGUCAAGAUAUAAAUGAGUGUGAGACAGCAAAUGAAUGCCGGGAAGAGGAAAUGUGUUGGAAUUACCAUGGUGGAUUCCGCUGUUAUCCACGAAACCCUUGCCCAGAUCCAUACGUCCUGACAUCAGAGAAUCGUUGUAUUUGCCCUGUAUCAAAUGCGGUGUGCCGAGAUCUCCCUCAGUCUAUAGUCUACAAGUAUAUGAGCAUCCGAUCAGAUAGGUCUGUGCCAUCAGAUAUCUUCCAAAUCCAGGCCACUACUAUUUAUGCCAAUACUAUUAACACUUUCAGGAUUAAAUCUGGAAACGAAAAUGGAGAGUUCUACUUACGACAAACAAGUGCCAUAAGUGCAAUGCUCGUGCUAGUGAAGUCACUAUCCGGACCAAGAGAAUAUAUUGUAGAUCUCGAGAUGUUGACAGUCAACAGCAUAGGAACCUUCCGGACCAGCUCAUUGUUAAGACUAACAAUAAUAGUAGGGCCAUAUUCAUUUUAGUCAUUCAUCAGAAACCACCAUAGGCACUUAAAUCAGCCAAAGAAUAUUGUUAUCUUAAAGCACUUAAUAUUUUAUUUAUAGACAUAUCUAGUAAGCCUGCAUCUGUAAUCUGUACACUCACCUAUAAUUCAAAAAACUUAGCACCGUGUUUAUAAAUGGGCAUUGUCACAUACUGUCAAGAUUCAAAGUUUGCCUUUAUUACUGUAUCUGAAUUAAACAUUAAUCCAGUAAGCAGGUCUAGUUCAAGAGGUCUAUGCAUACACUAUCCUGUGAAAUUUUAGAGUUGGUUUGGUUUUUUUCCUAUCACAAUAGGACAAAGCAAACGAUAAUACAUGAUACUUAUAAUAGUUUAAAAAAAUUUAAAUAUGCCUCUACUGACAAUCACAUAAAGGAAACAAAAAUUUAAUAUUAAGUAACAUACAAGUAAAAAUUUAUCUAAUAGGUUAAAUGUAUUUCUUUUUUUAACUGCCUUGUAAGAAAGAGAAAAGGUCAAUAAAAAUCUAUUUCUUUAGAAAAUGAGGACCUAUCUUAUAUUUGUGUUGUUUUUUACAUCUGGCUUAGAGGUGGUUAUUUAUUACAUGGCAGAGGAAAGAUUGUAUUGAAGCUCUGAUUACAAUACAAUGAUGUUUAUUUCCAAGGGCCAUCCUAAUUUUCUUUUUAAAAAAUUAUGGACUGUGAUUAUUCAUUCUUUCAUUCAAUACAUUCAAUAAACAUUUACUAAGCACCUACUAUGUGCCAGGCACUGUAAAUUUUGUCCAAUGGUGCAUGAAACUUUUAAUAGAAAAUUAUGGUGUUGAAAAAUAUUUUCAGUGUUCUUUGUCUGUAUAAGAAAAUCAUGACUGUUUCUAGCCCCAUGGGACACCUGUUGUCACUGAUCUGAAUAGAGUCCCAAGCGACAUGAAACAAAAUGAAGCUAAAAAUACGAUUUUUUCAGAAUUCUUUUGCUGGAGGGGUUUGGCUUUCUGAAUAGAAUUUAAAUUCCUAAAGUUUGCUGCCUUAUAAACAUAGCUUUUAAUUAGUACACGACAUGUGCACAAAAAGAAAAAAAAGCAGGGGUGGUCUUAUGUAUAAGACUUGAGAUUUUAUUCCUUAUGUCCACGUUAGAGAGGGGCUGGGAAGUGACAUUCAAGUGAACAAUAUCAAAUUGCCUUUCCAUUUAUAUCUGUGAAAAUGCUUUAGUGUCCUCUUCUUUGUCUCAAAUGUAACAGUUUUUACUUUGAUGUACAAAUAUAUUUUUUAUAAAAAUAAAUGUAAUUCUUAUAGUGGA